AUGAGCGAGACGCCCCAGGAGACGUCCGAGGCGGCGGCGCCGGUCGCGGCGACGGCCGCGGGCGGCGGCGGCGGCGUCGGCGACGACGACGCCCGCGGAGAGAGAGAAAACGAUGGGGUCGACUCCAGCGCCGCUGCCGCGACGACCGCGUCGUCCGCGGCGCCGCGACCCACCGCGAAGAUACCCACCGCGGCGGGGAAGAGGAAGGGCGCGCGGCGACCGCCUACGGACCCGCGGAAGCGCGAGCUCGAGAAGCACCUCGCGGAGGUGAACGACAAGAUCAACGGCGGCGACGCCAAGCGCGCGUCCGCGCGCAUGCGCGAGUACCUCGAGGAGCAGCGGAAGAAGCGCGAGGCGCUCACGAUUAAAAGGUACGGCGCCGGCGCGGUCGCGUCGUCGUCGUCGUCGUCGUCGUCGUCGCGCGUCGCCGGCGCGCAACGAGCAGGUCAACACCACACAGACGCGUCCGAAAGGUCGCGUCUUCACUCGCACCGGAUCGCGUGCACGGAGGUGGGCGAGUCCACGCCGGGGGUGGAGGAGGCUGCCGCGCGCGCGGUCGCCGCGGGCGUCCGACGAUCCACCCCGAAUUCGCUGCAGAUGUUACAAUCCGGACUCGACGGCGUCGCGCCGCCGCGGGGGGGGCUCGCGUCGCUCACGCGAAGCGGCGGCGGGUCCGUCGGCGCGGGUUCGGGCGGGUUCGGCGGGCACGGGUUCGGCGUCGGCGGCACCGGCGCGAGCGCGAUCGGAGCGCCGCGAGGCGGCGGCGGCGGCGGCGGCGGACUCCGCGGAGGCGGGUUGACGCGACCGCAGCCGCGCGGCGACCGGCUCUCGCGCGCGGGUGCCGCCGCGGUCGCCGCGCGACCGUUCGCCGCGCGAACCGACGCGUCGUCGUCGUCGAGGCGUCGAGCAGCCGGACCCGCGGGCGCGUCGUCGUCGCUGCCGUCCCCGGGGAAGCACGGCGGAGGGUGGGGGGGAGGCGGGGAGGCGUCGACGCCGGCGGCGGCGCGACCGACGGGCGCCGGCGGCGGUACAGCCGGCGCGCGGCGGCGGGGCGCUGUCGGCGCGGUCGGCGGACGGAGCGGGCUGCCGUCGUUCGAGGACGACGAGGAGGAGUACGGCCCGGAGGCGGGGGAUUUCCCGUCGCCCGCGCCGUCGGCGGCGGCGAAGUUCAUCGGGUACAAGACGUCGCCCGCGGCGUUCGCGGCGACGGAAACGGCGGGCGGGGGCGCACGCGGCGGGUUCGGCGGCGGAGUUCCAAAGUCGCAGUUCGCGGACCACACCCCGCGAGCGUUGCCCACGGCGUACGACUCCGAGGACGAGGACGACGAGGACGACUUCGAGGACGACUUCGGGGACGUGCCGGACCUCCCCGAUUUCGUCGGCACGCCUCGGAGCCGACGGAACAGCUGGCGUCUCGGCGAUCCCAGCGGCUCCGAUAGCGACGGGGAGGCGUACGAAGUGUGGGGCGACUCCCCCAGGAGCAAGGCGCUCAGGGACGAGGAAGAGUUCGCCGCGGCGGUUCGGAUCCAGGCGAGCUUCCGCGGGCACGAGGUUAGGAAACGGAACGCCCUAACGAGGUGGGGGGAGGGCGCGAUGGCGUCGAGCGCGACGGCGGGGGCGAGCGAGGACGACGAAGCCGCGGCGGCGGCGGCGGCGGCGGCGGCGGCGGCGGCGGCGGCGGGGGGCGAGAGCGUGAGAAAACUUCAAGCCUCCGCGGCGGCGGCGGUGAAAGGGGACGUCGGCGCGGGGCCGAGCAGCACGGAGGACACGCUCGUUGCCGCGGCCGCGGCGUUGGAACUCCGCGAAGAGGGGGGAUAG